GUUUGACUUAAAUUAACUCUUUAAUGUUCUUCACUGAACUUAAUGGGGGUAGAUAGGGUAUUUUAAAUGAAGUUCUAUGGAUAAAAAAAGAGUUUGUUUUUUUGUGCAAAUUUGCUGUUUUGGGUAAUGGCAAGGUUGUGUCCUGUGUCUUUGGAUCCGUGAAUGCGGUUUCGAUUCGACCUCUUGUAUUGAUUGCUGCAUCUGAAUCAUGAAUGGAUUAAUAAAGUUUCCGGGCUUGAUUGCGAAGAAUGUGAAACCUGCAGCUCUGACAACUGCAAUUGGCCGGUCUGCUACAGCCACAAGGAAAAUACACUUCACUGUUGAUGGCAAACAGAGCGAAGCAAAAGUCUCAGAUGGUGUCUCGCAGGCCUACCCCGUGGUGGACCACACGUUCGACGCGGUGGUGGUGGGGGCGGGAGGCGCCGGGCUGCGGGCCGCCUUCGGCCUGGUCGCGGAGGGCUUCAAGACGGCCGUGGUGACCAAGCUGUUCCCGACGCGCUCCCACACGGUGGCCGCGCAGGGCGGCAUCAACGCCGCGCUCGGCAACAUGGAGGACGACAACUGGCAGUGGCACAUGUAUGACACAGUGAAGGGUUCCGAUUGGCUCGGAGAUCAGGACGCCAUUCAUUACAUGACAAGAGAGGCACCAAAGGCUGUCAUUGAGUUGGAGAACUAUGGCAUGCCGUUCAGCCGCACGCAGGACGGCAAGAUCUACCAGCGGGCGUUCGGGGGGCAGUCGCUCCAGUUCGGGAAGGGGGGCCAGGCCCACCGCUGCUGCUGCGUGGCGGACCGCACGGGACACUCGCUGCUGCACACCCUGUACGGCCAGUCGCUGCGCUACGACUGCAACUACUUCGUGGAGUACUUCGCGCUGGACCUGCUCAUGGAGGACGGGGAGUGCCGCGGCGUGAUCGCGCUGUGCCUCGAGGACGGCAGCAUCCACCGUCUGCGUGCCAAGAACACCGUGCUGGCGACCGGUGGGUACGGCCGUGCGUACUUCUCGUGCACAUCUGCGCACACGUGCACUGGGGACGGCACGGCCAUGAUCACCCGCGCGGGGCUCCCCAACGAGGACCUGGAGUUCGUGCAGUUCCACCCGACGGGCAUCUACGGCGCCGGCUGCCUCAUCACGGAGGGCUGCCGGGGGGAGGGCGGCUACCUCGUCAAUAGCGAGGGGGAGAGGUUCAUGGAGCGCUACGCCCCCGUCGCCAAGGACCUGGCGUCCCGCGACGUCGUGUCCCGCUCCAUGACCAUCGAGAUCCGGGAGGGCAGGGGCUGCGGUCCGGAGAAGGACCACGUGUACCUGCAGCUGCACCACCUGCCGCCAGAGCAGCUGGCGACCCGGCUGCCGGGCAUCUCGGAGACCGCCAUGAUCUUCGCCGGCGUGGACGUGACGAGGGAGCCCAUCCCGGUGCUGCCCACGGUGCACUACAACAUGGGCGGCAUCCCGACCAACUACAAGGGCCAGGUCCUCACCGUGGAGCGCGGCCAGGACAAGGUGGUGCCGGGACUGUACGCGUGCGGGGAGGCGGCCUGCUCGUCCGUCCACGGGGCCAACCGCCUGGGGGCCAACUCCCUCCUGGACCUGGUGGUGUUCGGCCGCGCGUGCGCCAAGACCAUCGCCGAGGAGAACAAGCCCGGGGAGGCCGUCGGCCCCAUCAAGCCCAACUCGGGGGAGGCGUCGGUAGCCAACCUUGACGCGGUGCGCAACGCCAAGGGCCCGAUCACGACGGCCGCGCUGAGGCUGAGCAUGCAGAAGGCCAUGCAGACGCACGCCGCCGUGUUCCGCACCGCCGAGACCCUGCAGGAGGGCUGCAAGAAGACGGAGGACUUGUACAAGCAGCUCAAGGACGUGCACGUGGCGGACCGCAGCCUGGUGUGGAACUCGGACCUGGUGGAGACCCUGGAGCUGCAGAACCUCAUGCUGAACGCCCGCCAGACCAUCGUGGCCGCCGAGAACAGGAAGGAGUCCCGCGGGGCCCACGCCCGGGAGGACUUCAAGACCCGCGUGGAUGAGUUUGACUUCUUGAAGCCCCUGGAGGGCCAGCAACGCGUCCCCUUCGACAAGCACUGGAGGAAGCACACCCUUACCAGCAUGGACCUCGCCACGGGUGCUGUACACAUCACGUACAGGCCUGUGAUCGACCACACGCUGGACGAGAAGGAGUGUACGACCGUCCCUCCGGCGAUCAGGUCGUACUGAGCGAGUCAACGUCUGUAGCCUUGUAUGCCAUCUAAAGUAUUCUUCAAUUUAGCUCUUCAGACUUGUGCUGUGUUUUUUUUCUUCUCUCCCCUGGUGCAGGCACUGCCUGUUUUAAGAUGUAGGGUCGUGCAGAAGUAUAUGCAGAAUAAGUAAACGUGUUCCCUUGUACAGUUGAAGGAAUUGAGUGGAGAAAGGGUGUGCCUUUAUUACCGAGAUAUUACGACUGUCGAAACAGCAGUUGAUUGUUGGAUAUGCGCUUAACAUGUAAUUUUCACUUGUUUACGUACAUUGCGUUCAAUGUGUCGAAAAGAAAGCACACAUUGGAAGGUAACGUAGUAAAUUAAAAUUUUUGUAACAGCUUGUAAAAUAUUUUUUUUAACCAGCUUUUGGAACUUCAAAAUCCCAGUUUGUUUUAAUAUAAUUACAGCACAAAGAUUCCUGCAUCUCGUACAACUCUCAAAGCUGUGCUGAUGUGUUAGCGAAGCAAGCCUUGUUUAUAUUGCGAAUCGCAAUUUCCACACUUCACUUACUACCGUCCUUUUGUUUAGUCUUUUCUCCCUUUUCUUCAUAUUUGCAUUAUUUUCCAGACCUUUUGUUCCAUCACUGCAUGAUUAUUAAUUGAUUUUAGUUUUUAGGCAAUUUAUGAACAUUUUUAAUUUCUCUUAUUUGUUCUUGUUUAAUUCUUUAUGUUUUCUGUUCUUCUUCAACCUUGUAAUUAUUUUGCUUCCAAUCACUCUCCUGUUAACUCUAGCGAGCUGUUUAUAACAGAGAUUAUUAUUUUCGUAAGUAUGUGUGUCUGCGAAAUGAAACUUAUAAUCAGCAGAUGGGAUGUUGCUCAUAAUCCUCUUGCGUCUGGAGGACUUAUUUUAUUCCUCUUGAAACUACUUUUUUUUUCAUACUGGAACUUGCUUUCCUGGUUAUCUGAUGCAUUGUAGUAACCUUUUAUGGGAACAACAUUGCCUCUUUCUAAUUAUUGAAAAAGCUUUCUUUAGUUACUUUUGAAUUGCUUUAAAUUUUCUUUUUAUUCUUUUCUUCUUAUAUUGGAAAAGAGUGGAACAGGAAUUUUGGUAUUUAUUUAUGUAUGUAAAGCUAAAUUUCAUUUUAUUUGGCUAUUGCAUAUUGUGGUAUUCAUAGCAUUAUCAGCUAUGUAUGUGCAGUAAUGUUAGCUGUAUACAGUUAGACUGUCAUUGCUAUCAUUUUAUCUCAUUGCAAACUCGCACAAAGGAGAAUAAUUAUGCUUUGAUUUGCAUUAAAAGUCAUGUAAAAAUGCAUUAAGCUAAUUGUGCAUUGCAGCUGAGUGGAUAGAGUAUUGUUUUAAAGACUUUUCUCAUUGUGUAACGUAACCAAACCAGAACAGUAUUUUUUGACUGUGAAUAAGUUUGUAUAGUUCUGUCGGCGUUGAAGGAUUAAGCUGCCUAUGAGCAUGUAUUGUCUUUUAAUGUUGGCCGGUUUGGAGUCGGUUUGGAGUCUGAAUUAUGUACCUGCUUUGUAGUCACGCGCAGCAGAAACAAUACUUAAUCUGUACUUAUGUGUUUGUUGUUAGCUGAUAGAAUUUAUUUAUUCAUGGAACUUGAAAGUGAAGCAAGAAAUGUUCAAGGCUUGUAUAUUUUUAACAAUAAAGUGACCUACAUUUGAUCAAA